AUCUAAAUUCUGGUAUUCAUUGUUCACCAUGUUGCUUCUUAUCCACUUGUUGUCAGAUAGGCUAGGAGAGGGAAGGAGCUGAGGAGUGUAAAAGAGAGGAGGAGACGAGAGAGAAGAGAGGACGCACUCACAUCCUCCCAUCAGUUUCCUUGAUAUCUAGGAGCGCGCUUAAAUUGACAGGCGUCCGCCCAUGGAACAGGACUGAUGGGAUUUCGGAAUGCUCGAUCUGUUCGCGUCACUAGCUGGAGUGUUAUUUCGUUGAUGACGGCGGAUUGAUUGGCAGGAAGGAUUUCCACCAUCAUGCAGAAGGUGGAGAGACCAGAUCUCAUGACCUACCAACCUCACCUCACCUACUCACCACUAGACGCAGUGCGUACGCCCCGUAGAGAGAGAUCCCUCUCUCCUCCCUCCAUCUCUCCUCCUCCCUCUCCUGAGCUGAAGGUGUGUAGGGAGGAUGGAGGAUCUCCAGGAGGCUCCACAAUGCAGCUCCGAAAGACAUCCAUUCCCCUACAGCAGCAUUUCCACAGGCCAGAUAAUGGUGCCAACAUCUACAUGAAGAUGCCUAAUUUUAAACAGGAGGUCAGCAAGCAGAAGGUGAUGGGCAGCAUUAUCCAGUCAUCUAAGUUCCCAGCAGCUCAGAAACCAGACCCCAACCUGCCCUCAAAAAUAGAGACAGAGUACUGGCCCUGUCCUCCCUCACUGGCUGCUAUGGAGAUUGAGUGGAGGAAGAGGAAGGAGGAAGAGGAAGAGGGGAAGGAUGAGUUUGAAGUCCUGACUAGUGACGCCAAGACACUACAGGAGCAGGAGCUCCACAAGAUCAAGUCUAACCUGGGCAGGCUGAUCCUGAAGGAGGAGAAGGAGGAGCAGGAGAAGGCUCUACUUGACCUUGGCCGCAGGAAGACGCAGUCACUGCCAGACAGAACACACAUGCACACAAGUUUCUCCUUGAAGGUGUCCUCCAGCUCAGGUCUGACCAGGAUGCAGUCUGCAGAGUUCACUACAGAGGGAAAUCAAGGCAAAACAGGUAGGCUACAUUUAUCAUGUAUUACAAAAACAGUUGUAGUAGUGAAACGCUUCUUCUUGUUUUUAGCUUAUAGGAGUAAAACCUGGUGUGGUCGUCAGCUGCAGGAGCCCAUCUCUGAACAGAAAGGAGAGGCACCGCGGGAAAGGAUGGACAGAGGAAAGUCACUGCCAAGUAUGCUGGAGCAGAAGAUCUACCCAUAUGAAAUGCUCAUAGUCACACAUAGAGGGCGCUGCAAUCUGCCGCCAGGCGUGGACCGUACCAGAUUGGAGAGACACCUGUCUCCUGAGGACUUUGAGCGUCUGUUCGGAAUGCCCAUCGCCGAGUUCGACCGUCUGUCACUAUGGAAACGAAAUCAUUUGAAAAAGAAUGUUCAACUUUUCUAGCAGAAAUUGACCUUAUCCUUCACAGAAAACAGGAACUGCUCCACUGCCUCACGAAGAAUACCCCACAACACCAAACUAUCACACCCUAACUAACCAUAAAAAUGUCACAUCCUAACUAGUCCUAUAUCGCUGUAGCCAUAUUCUACCUGUAUGUUCCCGUCGUAUCCUCUAGGGCUCUAUUCAAUCAGAUCCGCUUUUGACGACAUCUGCAUAGCGGUUGUUUUGGAGGUGUCAGAGGUAGAAGAACUGCACGAGAGCUGUCAAAUCCACAAGCGCCUCCUGGCAUUCUACCUAAAGCGGACAUUGCCAUUGGUUGCAUAGAGUUGCAUUAAGAGAAAUACCAUGUAGCCUUGUUGGAACAGUGGAAUGUGAGAUGUAAUCUACACCUCCAUUAGGAUGAUAGAAACCAUCAUCAUUUAGUUGAGUGAUUUUCAAUUUGAAUAAUGAAUUUUCAUUAUUUCUAUAUGGCCUACAUUCUGACGGGUGCAGCUGCGUGACAUUUAUCAAGAGCAGCUGAUCACGUUUUGACUGCUCCAACUUAGUUACACCUCCAAAACAUCAGCUAUGCGAGUGUCUGCUGUCGCUGGUUAAUGCUGGAUCUGAUUGAAUCUGGGCCCUAGUCUCACUGGCUUUGAUAUAGAGCAUCAGUACAGAGACAAGCCUGACCCAAGUCUUACCCCUAAUCCUAACCGACCUGAUCAUAAGCAUUGAGAAGUAUCUACUGCCUCCCCACCACAUACACACACACACACACACACAGAUGUACAUACUGUACACACACUAUCUAGCCACACAAUAAUUAUCACUGCUUUUAAUACACUUAGAAAUGUGAAAAUAUUAUAAUUUUGAUAGCAAAUCUACAGUGCAUUUGGUAAGUAUUCAGACCUUCUCUUUUUUCCACAUUGUUACAGCCUUAUUCUUAAAUGGAUCUCUUUUUAAACAUAUGUUUGUUUACAUACAGUGGGGAGAACAAGGAUUUGAUACACUGAUGAUUUUGAAGGUUUUCCUACUAUGUAGAGGUCUGUAAUUUUUAUCAUAGGUACACUUCAACUGUGAGAGACAGAAUCUAAAACAAAAAUCCAGAUAAUCACAUUGUAUGAUUUUUAAGUAAUUAAUUAGCAUUUUAUUGUAUGAUAUAAGUGUUUGAUACAUCAGAAAAGCAGAACUUAAUAUUUGGUACAGAAUCCUUUGUUUGCAAUUACAGAGAUCAUACGUUUCCUGUAGUUCUUGACCAGGUUUGCACACACUGCAGCAGGGAUUUUGGCCCACUCCUCCAUACAGACCUUCUCCAGAUCCUUCAGGUUUCGGGGCUGUCGCUGGGCAAUACGGACUUUCAGCUCCCUCCAAAGAUUUUCUAUUGGGUUCAGGUCUGGAUACUGGCUAAGCCACUCCAGGACCUUGAGAUGCUUCUUACGGAGCCACUCCUUAGUUGCCCUGGCUGUGUGUUUCGGGUCGUUGUCAUGCUGGAAGACCCAUCUUCAAUGCUCUUACUGAGGGAAGGAGGUUGUUGGCCAAGAUCUCGCGAUACAUGGCCCCAUCCAUCCUCCCCUCAAUACGGUGCAGUCGUCCUGUCCCCUUUGCAGAAAAGCAUCCCCAAAGAAUGAUGUUUCCACCUCCAUGCUUCACGGUUGGGAUGGUGUUCUUGGGGUUGUACUCAAUCCUUCUUCUUCCUCCAAACACGGCGAGUUGAGUUUAGACCAAAAUGCUAUAUUUUUGUCUCAUCAGACCACAUGACCUUCUCCCAUUCCUCCUCUGGAUCAUCCAGAUGGUCAUUGGCAAACUUCAGACAGGCCUGGACAUGCGCUGGCUUGAGCAGGGGGACCUUGCGUGCGCUGCAGGAUUUUAAUCCAUGACGGUGUAGUGUGUUACUAAUGGUUUUCUUUGAGACUGUGGUCCCAGCUCUCUUCAGAUCAUUGACCAGGUCCUGCCGUGUAGUUCUGGGCUGAUCCCUCACCUUUCUCAUGAUCAUUGAUGCCCCACAAGGUGAGAUCUUUCAUGGAGCCCCAGACCGAGGGUGAUUGACCGUCAUGUUGAACUUCAGUUAAUAGUUAAUAGAGGUAAUAGAGGUGCAGUUAAUAGAGGUAAUGAGUGGAGAACAGGAGGGCUUCUUAAAUAAAACUAAAAGGUCUGUGAGAGCCGGAAUUCUUACUGGUUGGUAGGUGAUCAAAUACUUAUGUCAUGCAAUAAAAUGCAAAUUAAUUACUUAAAAAUCAUACAAUGUGAUUUUCUGGAUUUUUGUUUUAGAUUCCAUCUCUCACAGUUGAAGUGUACCUAUGAUAAAAUUACAGACCUCUACAUGCUUUGUAAGUAGGAAAACCUGCAAAAUCGGCAGUGUAUCAAAUCCUUGUUCUCCCCACUGUAAGUAUUCAGACCCUUUACUCAGUGUUUUGUUGAAGCACCUUUGGCAGUGAUUAUAGCCUUGAGUCUUCUUGGGUAUGACACAACAAGCUUGGCACACCUGUAUUUGGGGAGUUUCUCCCAUUCUUCUCUGCAGAUCCUCUCAAGUUCUUGUCAGGUUCAAUGCACAGCUAUUUUCAGGUCUUUCCAGAGAUGUUCAAUCGGUUUAAAGUCCAGGCUCUGGCUUUGCUACUCAAGGACAUUCAGAGACUGGUCCCGAAGCCACUCCUGCAUUGUCUUGGCUAUGUGCUUAUGGUCGUUGUCCUGUUGGAAGGUGGACCUUCGCCCCAGUAUGAGGCCCUGAGCACUCUGGAGCAAGUUUUCAUUAAGGAUCUCUCUGUACUUUGCUCUGUUCAUCUUUCUCUUGACCUUGACUAGUCUCCCAGUCCCUGCCGCUGAAAAACAUCCCCACAGCAUGAUGCUGCCACCACCAUGCUUCACUGUUGGGAUGGUAUUGGCCAGGAGAUGAGCAAUUCCUGGUUUCCUCCAGGCAUGUUACUUGGCAUUGAGGCCAAAGAAUUGGUUUCAUCAGACCAGAGAAUCUUGUUUCUCAUGGUCAGAGUCCUUUAGGUGCCUUUUGGCAAACUCCAAGUGGGCUGUCAUGUGCCUUUUUUUGAGGAGUGGCUUCUGUCUGGCCACUCUACCAGAAAGGCCUGAUUUGUGGAGUGCUGCAGAGAUGGUUGUCCUUUUGGAAGGUUCUCCCAUUUCCACAGAGGGACUCUGGAGCUCUGUCAGUGACCAUCGGGUUCUUGGUCACCUCCCUGACCAAGGCCCUUCUCCUCUGAUUACUCAGUAUGUCCGGGCGGCCAGCUCUAGGAAGAGUGGUGGUGGUUCCAAACUUCUUCCAUUUAAGAAUGAUGGAGGCCACUGUGUUCUUGGGAACAUUUAAUGCUGCAGAUAUGAUUUGGUACUCUUCCCCAGAUCUGUGCCUCAACACAAUCCUGUCUCGGAGCUCCACGGACAAUUCCUUCGACCUCAUGGCUUGGUUUUUGCUCUGACAUGUAUCGUCAACUGUGGGACCUUAUAUAGACAUGUGUGUGCCUUUCCAAAUCAUGUCCAAUCAAUUGAAUUUACCACAGGUGGACUCCAAUAAAGUUGUAGAAACAUCUCAAGUAAAAUCAAUGGAAACAGGUUGCACCUAAGCUCAAUUUUGGGUCUCAUAGCAAAUGGUGUAAAUAAGGUAUUUCUGUUUUUAAUUUUUAAUAAAUUGGCAACAUUUCUAAAAACCUGUUUUUGCUUUGUCGUUAUGGGGUAUUGUGUGUAGAUUGAGGGGGGGAAACAAUUUAAUACGUCUGUAAUGUAACAAAAUGUGGAGAAAGUCGAGGGGUCUGAAUACUUUCCGGAUGCACUGUAUGUUCAAACUUCACAUUAUCACUGUGAUUUGUUUUUACAUGAUUGAUCGACCAUGGUUCAUGUUUUAUAGAAAUGUUGUUGUGUAUUAGUACAGCUUUUUAUUCACGGUAAUAUAUUUCCUGGUGUGAACCCAUGACUGAGGUUGACAAAUAUUAUUAUUAUUGUAUUAAUCUGAAAAUUAUUCUCUCAAAACAGAAGUGUUAUUUUUUUCUUUUCGUGGUUAUUCUCAAAUCAGAAACAGGCUCUAAGAUCGUAGAAAAGGUUCUGAGACAAGUAGGACAUUCCUGGCAUGAAGAACACCAGAAAUGAUUACCAAUCUAAAUCCCACCCAGAACAAGACCCGUAAUCCCUACCUCCCAACCCUAGUGUAUAUGCUGAAUUUGGAAAAUGAAUAAAAUAAGUGUUGUAUUAUUUGUUUUAAUUACAUUUGACAACAAAUCUAGCUGUAUAGAAAACACUGUCCUUUGUCAUUCAACAAAUUCUACAAGGUAACAAAGGUUUUUCUUUUCAGUUUUUUAUUGAAUGGAUACAGCUACAUAAAUCAGAGGCCUCGCAGUACAAAUACUUCAGCUAUUAUGAAAAACCUUGAUUAAACGAUCUCUGUACAUUCUGUGAGAUAUGUUGAGGAGCUGGAACAGAAGUCAGAAACAAGACGAGGCCCCAUCGCCGCUCACAUACGCGUCAACCCCAUUCUCUAUUGACCCUCAAUACCUCCACCCCCAUCCCUCAAUACCUCCACCCCUUAAUACCGCCACCCAUAUAACACACACACUCCAAACAGCCUUCACCUAUUCAUCAUCCAAAACCCACCAUCUUCCACACACUCUCAUUCAUACCUCUCCCUCAUACACGAUCUAGCUUGUGCUUCUCCACUGUUAACAGACUGUCUUCAGAGAGAGAAAACAAAUCUCUUCCUCCCACAUCCCUCGCUGAUCUAGGUAUGAAGCCUAAUUCUAUUUUUCGUAAAAAUAAAACAAAAACAAAAACAGUCAAUCACAUUGAGAGACGGGGACAUUUAUAAUGUACAUAUAAUAUAAAUGUCAAUACUCUUGUCACACUGUCAUUGGCAUUAGAAAGGAUGGAUUUAAUGCAAUGCUGGUUCAAACGGAUUUCUCUUUUUUUAUUCAAGUGCUCUUGCUUGCUCUUUUUGGGUGGGAUACAGACACAGCGAAGGUACUUUAUAUAUCUUAGGCACCAUAGCCUAGGUACAUUAUAUACUAUAUAUCUUAGGCAUCAUAGCCUAGGUACUUUAUAUACUAUAUAUCUUAGGCAUCAUAGCCUAGGUACUUUAUAUACUAUAUUUCUUAGGCAUCAUAGCCUAGGUACAUUAUAUACUAUAUAUCUUAGGCACCAUAGCCUAGGUACUUUAUAUCUUAGUAAUGUUGUCUAAUAUAUAAAGUACCAAGGCAAAGACCUUUAUAUGAGUUGCAGCGUAGGUCUUCCUUUGCCAAGCACACAAAUAGGUAAAAAGGUGGUGUGACUAUUAUCAACUCAAAAUUACAAAAUGGAUUUGCCUUUUAUUUAAUACGGCAGUGAUGCCCCAGCCUAGGGACAGUCAAUAAAGAAAUGUACAUUGUAGAUUGAGUCGUCAUGUAUCAUUUAUAGAAAUGUACAAUGUAGAUUAAAUCAUGUGUCAUUUGUUCAGAUCCACUGUUAGAUUCUAGAUGAUGAAAUAAAUAAACAUGAUGCUAGGACUGAUUCUCUGGAGGCCAAGUAACAAAGACCCAUCCUUACUGCCCCUCAGAGGGAGGGAGAAGAGGAGAGCAGGAAAAGAGGGGGACACGGAGGGAGUAGGAUAGGGAG